GUGUCACUGCAUAUUUUCCCCUGUACUUAUUGGAAGAAGGCCUUGUGUGUCACUCAGUUGCUAAAUCACUCAAGGGGUUCACGGAAGGGACCUGUCAGUUUUUGGUUAAAAGAACCCAGAAAGAGAAGGACUACAGGGGAACUGAUGGUGUUCCUGUUACCUCUCAUCGUUGUAUUAAUGGCGAAGCAGAGUGAUGCCCGGACGCACUCUCUGAGAUAUUUUCGCCUGGGCGUUUCAGAUCCCGGCCAUGGGGUCCCUGAAUUUAUUUCGGUUGGGUAUGUGGACUCACAGCCUAUCACCGCAUACAACAGCAUCACUCGGCAGAAGGAGCCUCGGGCCCCAUGGAUGGCAGAGAACCUCGCACCUGAUCACUGGGAGAGGUACACUCAGCUGCUGAGGGGCUGGCAGCAGAUGUUCAAGGUGGAACUGAAUCGCCUGCAGAGGCACUACAAUCACUCAGGGUCUCACACUUACCAGAGAAUGAUUGGCUGUGAGCUGAUGGAGGAUGGAAGCACCACAGGAUUUCUCCAGUAUGCAUAUGACGGACAGGAUUUCAUGAUCUUCAAUAAAGACACCCUGUCCUGGCUGGCUGUAGAUAAUGUGGCUCACACCAUCAAGCGGGCAUGGGAGGCCAAUCGGCAUGAGUUGCAGUAUCAAAAGAAUUGGCUGGAAGAAGAAUGUAUUGCCUGGCUAAAGAGAUUCCUGGAGUAUGGGAAAGACACCCUUCAAAGAACAGAGCCCCCACUGGUCAGAGUAAAUCGCAAAGAAACUUUUCCAGGGGUUACAACUCUCUUCUGCAAAGCUCAUGGCUUUUACCCCCCAGAAAUUUACAUGACAUGGAUGAAAAACGGGGAAGAAAUUGUCCAAGAAAUGGAUUAUGGAGACAUUCUUCCCAGUGGGGAUGGAACCUAUCAAAGGUGGGCGUCAGUCGAGCUUGAUCCUCAGAGCAGCGACCUUUACUCCUGUCACGUGGAGCACUGCGGUGUCCACAUGGUUCUUCAGGUCCCCCAGGAAUCAGAAACUAUUCCCCUCGUGAUAAAAGCUGUGUCUGGGUCCAUUGUCCUCGUCAUUGUGCUGGCUGGAAUUGGUGUUCUAGUCUGGAGAAGAAGGCCCCGAGAGCAAAAUGGAGCCAUCUACUUUCCAACACCAGAUCGAUGAUUGCAGAUCCUUCUUUUCCAGUUCUCCUUCCACUAAGAGCCAUGUUCUCCUCUGACUCCCAUAGACUCAAGUCCAGUGCUUGAAGCUCCUGACAACACCCACAACAUACACGAGUGUUAUGGGUUUGGUUGCCCCAAACCCCACUGACUGUGUAACAAAACCCCAAACCUAUUGAUUUAAAACAAUAUCCAUUUGUUUUCUUUCAUAGUUUCUAUGGGUCAGGAAUUUGGGUAGGGCUUGGGUAGGCAGUUCUGGCUUCUCACGGAGUUGGAGGCAAGUAGUGGCUGCAACAGAAAUGUGGCAGCCAGGGGUGGUGGGCAGGCAUCUCCUACAUCCCCUCCAUGUAGUCUCAGAAACUCUCCAUGUGAUCUCUCUGUAUGGGUUAGCUGGGCUUCCUCACAACAUGGUGGCCUCAGGGCAGUCACUGCUUACAUAGCAGCUAGCUUCCCUCAGAGUGAGUAUCCCAAGAGAUCGCAGCCAAAGUGCAUAGCAUUUAUAUAAUGUAACCUAGGAAGUCACAAGGUAUCAUUUUUAUGAUACUCUCAUUGGUCAAGGAAGUCAUAAAAUCCUGCUCAGUUUAAAAAGAGGAUAUAUAGACCCCAACACUCAAUAGGAAGAGUGUCAGAGUUACAUUGUAAGAAGAGCAUGUAGGGCUGGGCACAGUGGCUCAUGGCUGUAAUCCCAGCACUUUGGGAGGCUGAGGCAGGUGGAUUGCCUGAGCUCAGGAGUUUGACACCAGUGGGUUGAACUGGGUGAAACCCUGUCUCUCCUAAUAAUACAAAAAAUUAGCCAGGCAUGGCAGUGGGUACUGUAGUACCAGCUACUCAGGAGGUUGAGGAAGGAGAAUCGCUUGAACCCAGGAGGUGGAGGUUGCAGUUUGUAAGGAGCCAAGAUGGUGCCACUGCACUCCAGCCUGGCAACAGAGCGAGACUCCAUCUCAAGAAGAGCAUGUAGAUGGGAGAUAUCAUUGUGGCUGUUUUGGGAAAGAUGCAACAUGUCACAGUGUCAUGCUCUCUAUCAUCUCCCUAUCCCACUUUGUACUGGUUUCCAAGGGCAGUCAUUUAAAAGUAACACAAAGGCUGGGCAUGGUGGCUCAUUCCUGUAAUCCCAGGACUUUGGGAGGCCGAGGUGGGCAGAUCACAAAGUCAGGAGUUCAAGACCAGCCUGGCCAAUAUGGUGAAGUCCCACUGAGACAGGAGUUAAGACAGGGCCUAAGUACCGCCAUCUUAUAGUGCUUUAGGCACCGUCAUCUUAGAAUAAAAACCCUAAAGCAUGUAGUUCUCAGAACUGUUACUGUAGUUCUCAAAAAUGUUAUUUUGUAAAGUUAAAAAAGUUUUCACUAUUGCCCCUUGCAACAAACUGCUGACCUUGGCUUCUGUACAAACUGCUUGCUCGCAUAGCCCCCACACUCCCACAACAAGGAUGUAGUUUUGCAGUUUAAAAACCUUGCCCCCACUAGGUGUGGGGCCAGGGGCUGGAGAGACAUAAGUCCUCCGGGGCCGCCAGCAAUAAAAACCCUGCAAUUUGGCAUACUUUUA